AUGCAAUCCUUCAAAACACCCGACUUCUUGGAGACUGGGGCCGUGUCCCGUUCGCGCAGCCCCAGUGUCGUUUCUAGCGAUUCGCAAUUUUCUCGAGUCAACCUCAUGUCCCCACCGUCCGUGACGCCCGCUCCAGCAUUCAUCUCGCCCUCUGCGGCUUCGGAUAUCGUCUCUGCCGACCAGGAGUUCAACGCCGCUGAUUUUGUCGCCGAGGAUGAGGAAACCGGGGCCGGCGCCACCGCGCUGGUGACCCCGGCCGCGCUAUCGCUCCUGAACGGAUUCCUCGAUAAUCUCUUGUUUAAUAUCCUCGCUUCGUCCAAGUCGACCCAGCUCGCAUGCAUUCGACCCGCCAUGGCUGAUGUGUUGAAGCCCCGCCUGGCCAAGGAAGUUGUAGCCUCGGCUGAAGAAGAGUUGGGCGAGUAUAUGGGCGGAGCGGACGAUGAGCAGACGGAAUUCCGCGGUGGCCAGGAGCCCGGCGGCGAUUUUGAUCUAGUACGCUCAUGGAAGUUAACCCGUCUACGAUGCAUGGUCUACACACGGCUGGGCGAUAUGGAAGAGGAUGACGAAGAUGAGUUUAUUGCGCAGGAUAGCCUGGGAGAGACCGAUGGAGCACCCCGCAGAUUCAGCAGUCACGUCGACAAUAUUACACCCGCAGCUUCUAUUUUCCUUACCUCGAUCAUCGAAUACAUUGGCGAGCGGGCACUCGUCAUUGCCGGCGAGACAUCGCGGUCUCGUUUGUCGGCACAACUCAACAAUGGCGGUCCUGAGUUUGGAUCUGGACAUGAGCGGAAAAGAAUCGAUCGACUUGUGGUGGAAGAUCUCGAUAUGGAGAAGUUGGCCCUGAAUGCAACCCUGGGUCGUCUGUGGCGCACGUGGAGGCAGCGCCGACGCGGAACCAAUCUUUCUCGAACACUAUCCCGUGAAUCAUUCCGCCCACGUGGAUACUCGCUGGCAAACAGCCGAAAGAGCAGCAUUGUGACCAUCGAGGAGCCAAUAACGCCCAAGGAGCCUCUCCCUGUGGCGAUGCCCCCGCCUUUGGACCCCGCCACUGUGCCCUUGCCAACGAGCCAUUACGAUGUUCAAGAGAUCGAGGUCCCUGGCUAUACUGGCGAUCUAGAUGGGGAGGUACAGACCAUGGAGGCCGUUAUCGCUCACAAGGUGCGACCGCGCAGUCUGAUGGUGUUUUCAUCGCCCUCGCUUGUCCCAAAAUCUCCAGGUUCAGCAAGCAUCUCGCCCGUGAGUACGUCAGCUAUUGAAAUUGGCAAUCCAAUCCGUCAUGUCCGCACGAGGUCUCUACCUGGUGGGGCACCUACACCCGACUUCACUGAGGAGGAGCCGGAGUGGCCGACAGACCACCCGUCACCCACUGCAUCGGAGAAAAAGCAACUCGAGACUAUGUACGAGGAUGAUGAAUCAGCAGAAUAUGUGGAUGCAGCUGAAACCAGCCCUGGCAUUGCUAUCACGACAGAAGAGGAACAGGAAGAGACACCACUUAUGGAACCUGUAGAAGAAGCUUCCGAAAUUGCGAGAAUGUCGAUCUUGCAUGAAGAAGAGGAGGAGACACAUCCUGUCGGGGAGACGGUUGCAUCAUUGCACGCUAUCGCACAAGCUGAAGACGCUAUGACUGAUCAAUCCAAUAGUCCUCGCGUCUCCCUCGUAUCCUUGGGUGAUCGGCGGAAUCAGAAAGACCUAGAAGUGAUUGAGGGCACUGGGUUAUGCGAAAAGCCUAAAUUGACUUCGACGAUACACCGACCAAAACGACAACCCUCCAAGGACGCCAGUCUACUGAAUGCGAAGUCGAUCUCUGAACAAACUAGCGACUCUGAACUGCAAGCCGUUGCGGAGAGUCAGCCUUCAGCGCAAGGGGUUAAGACCACGCCGGCUCCACCCGCACCCCCCGUCGAGGCUAUCACAUCUCGUACCGAUCACGAUGGGACCCCUCCGACUCGACCAUCAGAGGAAUACACCGAAACAGCAAAAUCUCUUUCCCCCGAUAUCAUUUGCUCGACUUCUGGUUCAGGUAAUUCGCAGCUAUCGAAAACCCGCCCCAGACCUUCUCCGUUGGAGGUCACAACCAACAAUCGAAGCUCCUCUUCCUCUACGGUUGAACGAGCCGCUGUUCAACGCAUGUCUCGGCCAUCGUCAUCUAUCACCACUAAAACCCGCCGGUCUGGGAGCUUCGGCAGUGCUCGCGAGAAAACGCGUCCAGUGACUGCCGGCUCCACUACCUCGCAGGUGUCUAGCAGGUUUAAGGGUAUCAUGAAUCGGCCACAGGGUGAAUCUGGGCCGCCCCGCAUGCGCAGCUCGUCUGAAACUAGUCGCGCAUCUGGCGGGAGCGUGGACUCUGUAGAAGAACUUGCCGAUUUGGACAAGUUGAUCAACAGCGACGAGACUAUCCAUUACACUCUCACUCCCCGAAGUGUGAGGGAGAUGACAUUCCCCAAACAACCCAAUCGUUCAGUUCCUCGGUCAGAGACGGCAGGCGUCUCCGACCUGGCUAAUUUCUUAAAUACCACUCCGCCACCAGGGGAAGAUAAGCACCGUCCUCAAACCUCGGUUUCCUCAAGAGCAACCGAAGAGAUGUCUCCAAUUUCCCACACCAGAUCCAUUGAUUCGCCCAAGCACAUCCCGCUUACCACGCGCUUGACCAACAUGUCAUCAACAUCGAGGUCUAGCAAGAUUGGGCCGGCGCGGGAUGCGCGAGUCCCACCCUCGGACUCGACACGCGACUUUGCGGAUUUCAUGAAAUCGACUGGUCCUGCUGGUGGGGUAAACGAGUUCAAACCCUCUAUCUCCGCUGAGGGCACGCGGUCUGUUCGUCCUCCAUCCGCCGUCUCUUCUGCCUCCCGUGGAAACCGACCUAAGCUUCAAGCUCGGUCUGCUGAGACGAAAGGAUCUCCGACCUCGGACCUCAUUGACUUCAUUCGCGAGGGACCUCCUAUGCCUGCAGGUGCUCACCGGAUUCCUCGGACAGUUGCGCCUUUCAACGCCCUUGAUUCGGAUGAUCUUCAGAUGGAGACCACCACAUCCAGUUCUUUCGUCAGCACUGGGAAUGAAUCUACACCCAAUAAAUCAUUGACAUCUCUUGGUUCGCGGUCCGGCUUGCUGGAUUCAAAUCAGAACAAGGCCCCAGCGUCGACAAGCGCCAUGGACUUCGACGAGCCUCAGCCGCCUGUUCGGAAGCAACGCCGUGCUCCAGAUCCGUACGCCAUUGACGACGAUGACGAUGACGCGUAUCUAGAAGAGCUUCUGGAACAGGAACAGAACCCCAAGCCCAAGCGCGAGGAGGAGAGCCUGAUGGAUUUCCUACUCAACGCUCCUCCUCCCCCUUCCUCCGAACAACCCCCACAGCCAUUUGCCGUUCGUGCUCCUGCAUCAAAUAAUCUCUCCGGUGCAUCGGGCAUGAAGGCCCGCUUGCUCCGCACUUCUCAUAACUCCUUGCGCACCCAAACCGCCCCCACCAAGGUCCAUUCUGACUACGCUACCAAGGUCGGUCAGCAGCGCAACAAUGGCACCCUGCCUUCUCUCUCAAAUCGCCCGACCAACACCGGUGAUUUGGCGGAUUUCCUCCGAAAUACCGGACCUCCUCCAGCCCCCGCGCGAGCUUCAUCAACACCAAUGGGCGCUAAGACGAAGGACGGUAGCUUCUCCCGUUUCUUCUCGCGUCGAAAGAAGGUCGAGGCUUAG